AUGGAUCCAUCGACAAUACACACAAAGGGCAAGCUCGAGGACGAGCCGGAUGCCCUUCAUCUCGAGAAAGGUGAAAUUGUGGGCGAGGUGACCCACGAUCCCGUCUUUGGAGAAAUCACGGAUGAAGGCCCGAACUAUCGGAAUGUCGGCUUUCUGGGAACGGUCGUUCUCAUGAUGAAGACGCAGAUUGGGCUGGGUGUUCUUUCUAUACCGACAGCCUUCGAUGUCCUCGGCAUGGUUCCCGGCGUCAUCGUUCUCAUCGCGAUUGCCGUGAUCACCACGUGGUCCGACUAUAUGGUCGGUUCCUUCAAGUUGCGUCAUCGCGAAGUCUAUGGUAUCGAUGAUGCUGGGGCGUUGAUGUUUGGUACUCCGGGGCGGGUCGUCCUGGCCGCCGCCUUUUGCCUCUACUGGAUCUUCGUUGCUGGCUCUGGUAUCCUCGGAAUUUCGAUUGGCUUGAAUGCAGUCUCCACACACGGUGCCUGUACCGCGAUCUUUGUAGCGGUUGCCGCAAUCCUAGGAUUUGCCUGUAGUAGCAUCCGAACCCUUGGGAAGAUCACUUGGCUGGCAUGGAUUGGACUGCCGUGUAUUUUGAUUGCUAUCCUCAUUGUCACUAUCGCCGUUGGCGUCCAAGACCGUCCGCCCACCGCUCCACAAACGGAUGGCCCGUGGGUAUCGGAUUUCAAAAUCAUCGGCCAUCCGACCUUUGCUCAGGGGAUUACCGCGAUCCCCGCGAAAUAUAUCUUCGUCCAUCUGCUCCGCGGCUCGAAACACCUCAUCAGCAAUACCGUAACACACUGGGCUGUUUGGCUGGCCUGCACCCUCAGUAUCACGGUCAUCGCCUAUAUCAUCGCCAGUGCAAUCCCGGUGUUUGACGGACUGGUGUCUCUCAUCGGUGCCUUACUGGGCACGAUGAUGUGCUUCCAGCCCAUGGGUUGCAUGUGGCUCUAUGAUAACUGGCACAAGCGCAAGGAGGGCCCCGUCUCGAAACAGUGGUGGUUCAUGGUGUGCUUCAGUGUCUUUGUCGUCGUUUCAGGAACCUUCCUGACGGUGGCAGGAACCUACGGUUCCGUGGUUGGGAUUAUGGACUCAUACAAAGCCGAAGGCGGCUCUGCAGCGUUCACCUGCGCAGACAAUUCGGGGUCUGUAUGA